AUGGUCUCCGCCAACUCCCUCUUCGCAGCCCUCAUGGGCCUGGCCAUGGCCAACCUCGCCACAGCCUCCCUCAGCAACCCCAGCUCCCAGGCCCAGGCCCUCCAGGCCCGCGCCGACAAGUUCGCCGCCCGCAGCGUCAUGUACCGCCGCGGCGAGGACGGCGCCCUCCUCUCGCGCCGCAAGGUCGUCGCCCAGCGAUCGGUCGAGCCCCGCAAGUGCUACCACAGCUGCUGGAGGAAGGACAAGAAGUCCAAAAAGGAGAAGAAGCUGAGCAAGAAGAUCAAGGCUAAGAAGGGUAGCAAGAAGGAGAAGAAGGAAAAGAAGCACAAGAAAGAGAAGAAGGAGAAGAAGCACAAGAAGGAGAAGGAAGAGAAGGAGGAGGAAGACAGCGAGUAG